AUGGCUUCUGACUCUGAGUCGCGCAAUGCUCUCGACAUGAAGGAAGCACGCCGCAAGUCGUCCGUGGAUUGCACGGCGCUGCACGCCUACUUGCACGGUAUGAGAGACUGGGAUAUGCGCCGCCGCAUCGUCGGUGUUUUGUCUGCGGACCCAGUGUUUGACAAGUCCUGCAGGUCGUUCCUCACACGCACUCAAGCAUACGAACGAGCUCUGGAAAUGACGCGACGCGUUCAUGAGCUGCAAGACAUUCACCACUGGACGCAGGAGGAGCUUGGCAUGGCGAUCAGGGUGCUCGAUGAGCCUCUGCCUUUGCAGCUACAUGUCACCGCGUUUGAGCCUGUGCUGAACUCCCAAGGCUCGGAAGAGCUGAAGGCGCAGUUCAAGGAGGUCGUCGCGAGACGGGGGAUUCAUGGUGCAUACCUCCAGACGGAACUAGGACACGGGACCAACGUCGCCUCUCUCGAGACUACCGCAACCUAUCUUCCGGACACCCGCGAGUUCGAUAUCCAUUCCCCGACGCUCACGAGCACCAAGUGGUGGAUCGGCGCGCUGGGGAGGACGGCUACCCACGGCGUCGUACAGGCGCGUCUCAUUUUGCCGUCGGGACUUGACGCGGGGCCCCAUCUGUUCCUCAUUCAACUGCGGUCAUUGGAGGAUCACGCAGUGCUCCCAGGAAUCACUGUCGGGGACAUUGGCCCGAAGGCGAUGGGAGGUUACAAUACCGUUGACAAUGGCUAUGCACGGUUCGACCACGUCAGGGUUCCCCGCGAGAAUAUGCUAUCCGCGUUCGCGUCUGUGACGCCCGACGGCAAAUACGUCAAACCUCCGCAUGCGAAGCUCAGCUACGGUGGAAUGCUCUACAUUCGCUCCGGGAUGGUCGCGUCAGCAGGUUGGACGAUCGCGAAGGGCAUCACAAUCGCGCUGCGAUACGCAACCGUACGAAGACAGGGAUCCAAGGCCGCCAAUGGGUUGGAACGGCAAGUCAUCACCUACCCGUCCGUCUACAUUCGCCUCCUACCUGCUCUGGCGCAUGCAUACGUGUUCAUUCAGCUGGGGAAGAGUCUCACAAACGCAUUCACACAACUGCUCGCCCAACUUUCAUCAGGAAACACGUCGUUGCUGGCGGAGAUGCACGCGACGCUGAGCGGUCUCAAGGUGCUUGUGUCCACAACAGCUAUCCAGGACCUGGAGACGGCGCGGCGGUCGAUGGGCGGACAUGGCUUCAGUGACUUUGCAGGGGUGGGCCGUUUGUAUGCGGACUACGUUCCUGCUGCCACGUACGAAGGCGACAACUUCGUCCUCGAUCAGCAGGUCGUCCGCGCUGCGCUCAAAGCUUUCGACGUUGUAGUCGUCAAGAAGACCGUCUCUUCGUCUUCUCUCACCCCAUCGACGGCCUACCUCCGGCGGCUCUCCACUUCUGCUCCCGUUGCUCAAGACUGGGACGACCCCUCCACAGCCGUCGCGUUCCUCGAGCACCGCGCGGCGCUCAUGGUUCAAGAACGAGCCGCGUGGGCCGCCGAUCCUGACGCAAGCAUGGACGCUCGUGUGGCGCGGGCCGUCUCCGAUGCCUUCGUCGCUGCGCGCGUCGGCGAGCUCAUCCAGGCUCUGGAUGGACCGAACGCGGGUGUGCUGCGGAAGCUCUUCCAGUUGCACCUGCUCACGACGGUCGAGGCGGGAUUGGUGGACAUGCUGUCGUUUGGUCUGCUGGGUGAAGGGAAGCCUGGGACGGACGUGACACGCGGGUUGCGCGUCGGGAUCAAGAGGACGUGCGAGGAGCUGCUUCCGGAGGCGAUCGGGCUGUCGGAUGGGUUUGGAUUCACGGACUGGGAACUGGAUAGCGCGCUCGGCGCCUUUGAUGGAAACGCCUACGAGAACUUGUGGAAGAGAGCGCAGGCGGAGCCGCUGAACCGUGGCGAUGCUGCCGAUGCCUACGAGAGGCACAUGAAGCCUCUACUCCAGCGAGGCCAGCGUCUGUCUGGGUACCGUUCCAAACUAUGA